AUGCCUCCCAGCUUCACCGUCCCCAUGUCACCAACGACGGGCACUUUCUCCUGCUGCUUCUUAACGACAGCAUCCUCCCCCUUCAACUGCCUGAUCAGAUCUUCCCUUGCCUCCACCUUCUCCUUUAGAAUGGCAGUCUUUCGCAAGGGCCUUGUUUUCCACCUUCAGAACCUCGUUCUCUUUCUUCAGAGCCUUUACCUCCAUCUGAAGAGCUCUGGGCCUCCUGUGGUCAGAUUGCUCAUCUUCUUGAUCACUGUGCGAGUCCUUAUCCCGAUCAAUGAAAUCAUCGUCGUCCUCAACCUCCUCGGCCUUCACGUCAAUACUACCCAACAUAUCGCGCAACCUCUUCCCAUUCCCCAUCUGACUCCGUCUCUUUCUCCCGUUUCCAGCAACCUUCCGCAACCCACCACCCUCGGAGAACCUCCCUUCGGCCGUCUCGGCCAGCCACCGCUUUGUCACGCACGGCUCAGAUCCGUUCUCUCUCUCCCACUUCCGAUGAGCAUUUUCCAUGUCUCCCUCCCAGAUCCAAGUCUCACAUGCUCCGUGCUGGCCCUCGGGUUGCCACUUGGCACAUCCCCAGUACGGGCUCUCGGGCCGCUUGGAUGUUGGACCACCGAUACGACACUCAAGAGGGAGAUCACAGUGGCCUGAAGGGUUGGAUACAUGUUAGCUUUUGGACAAUCCUAAAAGAUAAUGAUGAGGCUUCGAAGGAUUUCGAGAGAUACUUGUGGAACACCAAAAGAUGACCAACACCCCCUUUUGACUCGCUUUCCAAACUUCUUGGCAAUCUUUCAAGAUAUCUCAACCAUCGCUUAAUUCCUUGAUAUUUUAUCACACUCUCCAAUCUUCCUGUUCACAGCGGGAAGAGGGUACUCACAGUGAUGGACGCCUUUCUUCACAAACGGCGGGGCUCGGGGGACAUCCUUCGUCACGUCGCCGAAUGGCUGCCAGCAGUCGAUUUUCUGCAUGUGAGAGGCGAGACAGGGCCAGGCCACCGUUGUUGUUUGGAGAGGGAUUGGUAGUGAGAGAGAGGUAGGUGUUGGAGAUGUGAUGUGGUAAUGUGUAUGAUGAGGGAGGAUGUGAGGUUGAAAGAAGAAAGAGGGUUUACUCAUGCAUGGGAAUAACAAUAGGAUUCCAUUACUGAUGAUGAAGACGGCAUGCCUAGGUAGCGGUCCGUAUAGAUACACUGAUCAAGGCAUGAUCGAGAUUCUGUAAGAAAGGUAGGAACGCCUGGGCAGGCUAUUGUCAAAAGGCUGAGAUGGUUUCAUCGAUAUGUAGAGCAGAGAGGAGGCCCGAGCUAAGGUGGAUUCGUACAUCCUCGAUUGCCUCUCUGGUUGACCAUGACACCAAGAUCUCGAAAAUCUCGUGGGAUGAUCUGGGGCUGUGGGUAAACUGCGAAACCUUUUUAUUACUGAGCUCUGCGAUCUUUGAGGAACAGUGUUCAGAAGAAGAGCCUAGGGUGUCAAAUGUAUAUGCCGAGUAGUAGUAUUGAGAAUGGCAGUCAAAAAAACAAUGAUGGCGAUCCAUUUUGACAAG